AUGGGAGAUUCAGCUCUUAUCUGUUCUCAGAUCAUCGCUAAAAACCCAGAUUUUAAUUCCAAGAAUCGGGUAAUCCACGAUGCGAUUUCUUUCCGUAGAGUAUGUUUUAGUGGGGAGAAGUUGAGAUUUAGAAAGGGUAGAGUAGGAGUUUGGGCGGUGAUGGAAGCGGAGGAGAGAGAGAUGGGCGCGGAGGAGAGAGAGAGUACCGGUGUUUUGAAGAGUUUGGAGGGGUCUUUAGGAUUUGAUGUGGUGUCUGCAUCGGAAUUGAAGAAGAAAGGUUUUUUGGGGUUGAGGAAGACCAAGCUUGUUUGUACGAUUGGGCCGGCGUGUUGCUCAUUGGAUGAUUUGGAGAAGUUGGCAUUGGGAGGGAUGAAUGUGGCGAGGCUUAAUAUGUGUCAUAAUACGAUCGAGUGGCACCGGAAUGUGAUUAGGAAGAUAAAGAAAUUGAAUGAGGAAAAGGGGUUUUGUGUGUCUGUGAUGAUAGAUACAGAGGGCAGCCAGAUCAAUGUGGUUGAUCAUGGUGCUCCUUCUUCAGUCAAAGCAGAGGAUGGUUCAAUCUGGUCUUUCACUACUGAAAAUUUUGAGUGUUCUCGCCCAUUCACAGUUCAGGCAAACUAUGAAGGUUUUGCUGAAGGUAUAAAAGUGGGUGAUGAACUUGUUAUUGAUGGGGGAAUGGCGACCUUUGAAGUUAUAGAAAAGAUUGGGAAUGAUUUGCUUUGUAAGUGCACAGACCCUGGUCUACUCCUGCCUCGAGCUAAAUUGAGCUUUUGGAGAGACGGGAUACUCGUUGGCAAAAAUUACGAGCCCCCAACUUUGUCUACAAAGGAUUGGACCGACAUCAAGUUUGGAAUUUCUGAAGGUGUUGAUUUUAUCGCCAUGUCAUUUGUGAAAGAUGCAGAUGCUAUCAAGCAUCUAAAGAACUAUAUUUCAACCAAUUCCUCCAAGUCGGAUGCUGAAAGUCCAGAUGUUUCAAUUCACAGAUCCAUAAAAGUUUUGGCAAAAAUAGAGAGUUUGGAAUCCCUCCAUAAAUUGGAAGAAAUUGUCAUAGCUUCUGAUGGAAUCAUGAUUGCGAGAGGUGACCUUGGAGUUGAAAUCCCGCUUGAACAGAUACCAACAGUGCAAGAGAAAAUUGUUCAUGUCUGCAGGAAGCUUAACAAGCCAGUGAUUGUAGCCUCUCAGCUUCUGGAGUCAAUGAUUGAAUAUCCUACCCCAACCAGAGCUGAGGUUGCAGAUGUUUCUGAAGCAGUUCGACAGUAUGCUGAUGCCCUGAUGUUAUCUGGAGAAUCAGCAAUAGGAUCAUUUGGGCAGAAGGCUCUUUCUGUCUUGGAGAUGACUAGCAGCCGAAUGGAACUAUGGAGUCGGGAGGAGAACAGGCAAAGUGUUCUUCAGCAGCAUCUACUUGGUGUAUCGUUGCCAGACCAGAUUGCUGAGCAGAUCUGCAAUUGUGCAGUAGAAAUGGGUAUAUUCUGUUUCUCUCAAUGUUCAUCAUUAGCGGAUGGAGCUGUACAGAAUAAGCUAGAAUGGGUUGAUUUUAACACAUUACAUUUCCUGGUAGGAUGUAUAGGAACUCUAUGUUUUUAA